AUGUUGUCGUCAUCCGAAUUGGCCCUUACAAGUCUUUAUCCUCCCACAGACUUCACUAGUUUUCAAGCGUUGAAAGACGCGGUAACAGCAAAAGCUACAAGUUUAAGACGAGGGGAGCAUCACCAAUAUCAAUACAUCUCACUAAAACAUGUGGCGAGGAGAGAUUUUGAACGCAUCGAAGCAAACCGCCAGGAACUCGGGAGUGUCGUCCGCCUGACGUAUUUCCCUGAUAUUCAAAACCUGAUCAUUAAAGUCCCGACUCGCGAGCACGAAAUUGCUCACACAAACAUCGGCCAGUUCAUCACCAGAAAAGUUGAUCGCAUGAAUAUUCCAUUUGUUGAGUUCGUGGCUCUAGGGGCUACAAAAUACACUGGACCUACGAGUUCCAGUAAGGAAUGCGAUUCCUCGUGGACCAAUACGUUACUCAGACCCAGAGGGUGGCCAUAUAUGGUCAUCGAAGCUGGUGUAUCUGAGUCGAUGCCCAGGUUGUGGGCGGACGCAGCCUGGUGGUUCGUGAACUCGAAUGGUGCUGUCAGGCUUGUUCUGCUCAUCAAGAUCGACGUGCAGCGAAAGAUGAUCACUAUGGAAAAAUACGAUCGGACCCGCGGCCCGACGACUCGAUCGAACCCCCAAGGAGGCCCGUGGAGACCCCGAAAACUUACAACAGUUACCAUCAAUCAACAAGUCAACCCAGCAAAUAUACAAGUUGACGGAAGGAAUGCCACAUCUCGUCCUCUCACACUAGAGUUCGAGCUCGUGUUUGGCCGCCCCCCUAACCCUCCACUUGAAAGCGACAUCACGUUCACAAACACCGAGCUCCUAGAAUGGUCUCGGGUAGUCUUCCUUUAG